AAAAAAAGUACUGUCAAAUGAGCAACAUGGCGGCUGUCAUGACGGAUUUCGAGCCGUGGUUAAGCGAUAAAUUAAAGUCUUUAAAAACUGACGAAGGAGUAUUUGGAUCCUAUAUUUCAGGUAUAUUAGAAGGCGAAGAUUCCAUAGAUGAAAAAAAAGAUGCUUUAGAAGGCCUAUUGUCUGAAAUUGUGGAGAACGAUAUAACAAUACACGUUAACGAAAUAAUUGAGAAAUGGGAGUCGUGCAAACCAAACCAGGAGGGUCCAAAGCAAGUAUCCAAUAUAGAUGUAGAUAUCCAAUUAACCAAAAUGCUAGAAUCUCAGUCACUAGCGACUACAACUCGAAAAGAAUAUACAGACGAAGAAAAGAAGAUACGUGAAGCCAUACUAUCACAGUACAGUCAGCUCUCUGAUAAUGAGGAAGAAGUAGGAACAGUGGAUGUUUCCGAGGGUGCAGAUUUAGUUAAGAACACAAACGCCUUAGAUGUAGCUGCAGCAGCUAAAGAGAGACGUGAACAAGCAAGACUCGAGGCACAAAAGAAGAAAGAAAAGGAUAGAGAAGACAGAGAAAAGCAAAAACAAUUAAAAGAAGAGAAAAAAGAAAAACGUAAGACACAAAAGUCGGAAAGGAAAAGGUGAAAGUGCUAAACAGUGGCAAGCAGUAGUGGUCAACUACCCUUGUUUAUUAAUUGUUAUCUUGGCAGAAAACUGAUUAUAAACAUUCUAAGUAUUAAGUAUCGCCUUACAAUGCAAAUGUAUUUUUAAAUAUGGCUAGUGAUAAAAAUGUAACCUUGUCAUAAAAAGCUAUGAUUUCUCUAAAAUAAGUAUUUUUAAUGUAUCAAUAAAUUUUUUGUUACACGAA